CGUGGCUCGCGUCCACAGCUCAUCGUGAGCAGCUCUUAUAGGCGCACGGGCGAAGAAGAAGCUCGCCCUCUACAUGUAUACCGGUGCUGACACGGCUGCUGUUGGAUUGCAGCUCGCGCGUGUGUGCAUGCCGGCAACAGAUUUUGCUCUCCUGAAUUUGGCUGAGGUGCGCACGGCCAUGAGAACACAAAACACACGCGCUGCAACGGCCUCAUCGCAGCCCGCGGUCUGCUCGCGCGUCAUCAUAUAUAUUGCGCAGCGCGCGUUGACGCGAAGCUCGAUCUUCCGCGCGGUAGAUGCGCCAGAUGAUGCCCCGUGCGUCGGUGGCACGAACGCGGCGGUGCGCCUGAUGCGAGUCUUGAGUCAGAGUCGUGAGUCACGAGUGUUGGUGAUGUUGUUGAUUCAUGCUGAGCAUCUCAUCCGAUCGACCGACCGACACACGAACCAUCCUAACAGCAGCAACCCCGCACAACAGUCACGAGUACUGGAUAUCAGCUUGAUCCAGUAUCCCUGGCGACUAUCUGCGUGCCAAGCCAAGUUCUGCGAGCCUCGUUCCGGCACCCUCGUCUAAGGUGUGCUGCCGUGGUCCAUCUGGACAGCAGACAUCGUACCACUGCGCACGGACAAUUCAUCCUUCCGUCUUCUGACGAGUCGAGCA